AUGGAAACCUUUUACUAUGUUGUAAAAGCCGGUAGUUUUACGAAAGCAGAACAAGUUUUAAAUAAAAGCCAAUCAGCUCUCAGCCGCACUGUCAUGAUUCUAGAGGAUCAGCUUGGCCACAAACUCUUAAGAAGAAAAAUUAAGGGCCUUGAGCUCACCCGCAAAGGAGAAGAGGUUUUCAAGAUUUCUCAAAGAAUCUUGAUGGAAAUAGAAGCGAUGAAAACUUCACUUUCUGAAUCAAAGAGUAUGAAAGGGAAAAUUAGGAUUAGUACAACUCAUGCCGUUGGCAAUUAUAUUCUAACAGACCCAUUGACUGAAUUUUCAGAACAAUAUCCUGAUAUAGAUUUAGAACUUGUUUGUAACGAUAAAAAUAUUGAUAUUUUUCAAAAUGAAGUAGACAUUGCCAUUCGCCCCUACAUGGAAGAUAAUGAUCGUAUUAUUCAAGAACCUCUUAUAACUCUGAGCGCAUCACUUUAUGCAAGUCGAAGCUAUCUUAAGAAAUUUGGAACUCCUCAAA